UUUCAUUUCAGAUUCAUCGCUAAACGAAAAUCAUGAAAUAUUUGCUUCUUGCAACCGUUGUUGUGUUCCUGAUUGCUCAGGUUAUGGGGGCUGUUCCAUAUCCGGCCCCGCUUGAUCAUCAGAUGUCAGAAGACUACAACGAAAGUCUUGAGAACUACCUGAUGAGAACCGACAAGAGGGCCUGCAUUCGCCGAGGUGGUGGCUGUGACGGAAAACCCAAUGAUUGCUGUGCCAACUCUACUUGCCGAUGCAACCUGUGGGGCACCAACUGCAGGUGUGAAAGAGCAGGCCUCUUCCAACAGUGGGGAAAAUAAACGAAGCUUGAACAAGUAUUGCAUCAUGACGUACGAAUGUCAUCCUUUACUUUAAAUGUCCCUCAGUAAAUCUGUUACAUCUAUUGUCCUCAUGUACCUUUCGUCGUUCAUCCUAUCGUAUUUGUAGAAAAUGUUAUUCAAUUUGUUUAAUGUAAUGAUAUUCUUGUAAGAUUCGUGGUGAAUCCCCUCCGCCUAUUUCUUUCAGUAUGUAUAUAUUAUUCCAUGUUACGCUACUUUUAUUGAAGUUUAUAUAAUCGUAAUUUUUGUCUUGUAUGUAUAAAAAUUAAGAGUCAUUACUUUAAUAUCAUGCAUAUUUGGAAAUAAAUUUUCGUAAAAGUCAAAAAAUUUUUAAAGUUGAGGUUUAACUUAAAACUUAAAUAAUCGUUGCACAGACAUGGAAGAGCAGAUUCCGGAGUGUAACUUGCAUAUUAUGGAUAUUUUUAAGUACGUGGUAUUCAGUUUCAAUGGAGAUAGAUGAAAUGAAUAUACAUCUGCAUUCAGGAACUUGCCUUAAAAAUUGUUCAUUAUAUCUUGAAUGAUUUCAUUUGUAAUUUGUAUUUUAAUAGUGUAAAAAUAUUAUUUUUUGAAAACUGAAUGUGUAACUAUAAUAGUUUAUUAUUUCAAUGUAGAGAGGAUAUGAACUGUGUGUGCAACAAAUGUUUAUAAUGUAAUAUUUACUUUUAAAGAUUGGAUAUAUUUACACAGACGCGAGAAAUUAAAAAAAUUACAUUUAGUCGACUAAUAUACUCCAAUCUUUUGAUUACGAGUAUUGAGUUAGUAUCUCAAGAAAUGAAUAACAUACGGGAAAUUAGAAUUACUCGUAUUAUUAUAUUAGAUUCUAACCUUUUCCUCAUUUAAAUGCAUAAAAAUGAACACGUGAUAUAUUGCAUAUGUAAUAUCAAAGAGAAUAAAAAUAAUUUACUAUAUAAAAAUGAAAAUAAUAAUAAGAUAUUUUUGUAUAUUUUGCGGUUACAAAUAAUAGUUGUUACCCGAUGAAAUUGUAUAAAGUGCAAUUAAAUAUCAUGGUACUUAUAAAAUACAUGGAAUGAUGCAGGUGUUGCUAUUAUAAUGUAUAUUUAUGAAUGUUUAAAGAUUUAAAGUAUAUUUGUUAAUACAAAAAGUAAUUGGAUAAUUUAACUUUACGGUGGAAAUUUUUAACUCUUCUUCCUUUUAAUUUUCUGAUAAUGUAUACCUUUUUCAGUUUUAGUAUAUUCAUUGACAUCAAAUUUUCCAAACCUCCCGAGCACAUUAAAAAGAUUGCACUAGCACUGUAAUUUCUUGCACUUUAAGUAGCCAACAACAUUGUAUAUAAUCUAAGCACAACCAUUUAAAUUAUGCCUAGUGUUUGUGCAAAUUUGUACAUUUCAGUUUUGCUUUUCUUCGUUAUGUAAUGAAAAGAAGAAAUUAUCAUUUGUAAUAAAAGGUAUUAGCUACAAAAUAAUGUUCAAUGUAAUAGUAUUAAAGCAUGAAGGAAUACUGGUAAUUCCACUUUCUGAAUGUAUUAAACAGAAUUAUUAAUUCUGAAUAUAUUAAAACAUGGAGGAAUAUUGAUAACUCUGAUUUCUUGAAAUGUCAAUAAAUCUUUCCUUUUAUUUGUUUAAUGUAAAUUAUUAAACAGAUUCAGUAAAUUCUUGUUGCAAUUCAGUCGAAAGGAGUCUGUUCUUUUUUCCCUUCCUCCAAUAAAUUUCCCUCUAAGUAAUAUUAAUUUAUAGAAUAAGAAAAUGUUUUCCUCGUUGCCUUUCUUUAUAGGAAAAUAAUUCAUAUGACACGAAACAUUUGUUAUGUUUAUUACGCCAGGUUCACAUACAAUAUGCAGUGUUAUAUCUUGUAGUUAUGAAUUUCCUUCACACUUUGAGGUAUAUUUUCUGAAUCAAUACUUUUCAUGAAGCUUGAAAACUUUAUAAAUCGGGUUUUAAGGAGUUUCUAAUAUUCCGUUAUGCUUAAGAAAGGAUAAUAAAUGUGUGCAACGAUUUUUUAGCCAUCUGUUGUGCAACAAAUUGACUCAAAUGUGUUCUUUUUGAAUGAAAGCAUGUUUACAAAUUAUUACAAUUUAAUUGCAAUAAUGUUGUAAAUAUUAUUACCACUUUUCAAGCAUACGUACUAGCAAAACUGAAUUAUUGUGAGCAAAAUGUACUGAAAAAACAAUUUAUUAUGUAUUUAUUUUUCCUAUAUUUGUUUAUGUCUUAGCGUUAAGCUGCUCCGUGACCUGUUGUGAUUGUUUUCUCAAUAAAUUUAUUUGAAGUCAUGUU